GGCUCUCCGCUGUCAGGGCAAGGCGUACUGACAGUAUGGCGGCGGGGUGCAGCUGGAAGGAUGCUACUGUCGCCCGUGAUGUGUCUAUCGCCGGUAGGACGUAAAUGGACAAUUGAAGGCAAAAAGAGAAGAGGAUUUAGCGAGAAAGGCGUGUCGCCGUGAGCUCCAAAGAUGGCCAGGCUCGCCGACUACUAUCUAGUGGUCGGUUACGACCUCGACAAGCGAGCGGAGGGUGAAGGUCAAGGUCGCAUUCUCCAGCGGUUUCCUGAGAAAGACUGGGAGGACAGCCCGUUCCCACAAGGCAUAGAGCUGUUCUGUCAGCCCAGCGGUUGGCAGCUGGUUCCCGAGCGUCAACCUGCCUCCUUCUUUGUAGCGGUUUUGACUGACAUCAACUCGGACCGUCACUACUGUGCCUGCUUCACCUUCUGGGAGGGCCUGGACAACCCACAGCUGCAGAAGGCUGAGGCCAGCGAGGUGGAUGAGGCGGACGAGGAGCUCGCUGUCGUGCAACCAGCUCAGGUCUUCGCCCCCAAGAGCCUGGUGCUGGUGUCCCGACUGGACUACACAGAGGUGUUCAGGAACUGUUUGGGUCUGAUCUACACCGUCCAUGUAGAUGGCCUUACUGUCCCCAUGGAAACGGUGGUUGGAAAUCUCCUCACUUGCGUCAUACCUAUCGCUGGAGGCUCCCAGACAGAUGAGUCCCCAGUUUGUAGUGUAGACAAGGUUCCUCAGGCCCUGGCCUGUGACUGGCUGCUGGCCUGUCUCCAGCCGGGCCAGGAGGAGAGAGAGGAGAGAAAGGAGAGUUUGAGGACCAUAACGUUAGGUGCUGGUGACCGGCAAGUCAUCCAGACUCCCAUCGAUGACGCGCUUCCUGUCAGUGGCAGCAGCGUGGCCCAGCUCUUCAGACAGCUUGGUAUAGUCAACGUGUUGUAUCUGUUCUGUGCCGCCCUGACGGAACACAAGAUCCUGUUCCUGUCCAGCAGCUACCAGAGACUAACGGACGCCUGCCGCGGACUGCUGGCCAUCAUGUUCCCCCUAGAAUACAGCUUCACCUACGUUCCCAUCCUGACGGGGAAACUGCUGGAGGUCCUGAGCACCCCCACCCCCUUCAUCAUCGGUGUCAAUUCAUUCUUCCGCUCGGAGACACAAGAGCUGUUGGAUGUGAUCAUCGCCGACCUGGACGGAGGCACCGUCACCAUCCCCGAGUGCGUCCACAUCUCCCUGCUGCCCGAGCCUAUGCUCCAGCAGACCCAGACCGUGCUCUCCAUGGUUUUGGAUCCAGAGCUGGAAAUCGCUGAUCAAGCCUUUCCCCCACUCUCCACGCAACCCUCUGCGCUCAAGAUCCAGGACAAGGAGAUCCGGGGAGUCUUCCUGUGGCUGUUCGCUCGGCUCUUCCAGGGCUACCGCUGGUGCUUACACAUCAUCCGCAUUCACCCAGAACCGGUGAUCCGCUUCCAUAAGGCUGCCUUCCUGGGUCAGAGGUCGCUGACGGAGGACGACUUCCUCAUGAAGGUGUUGGACGGCAUGGCGUUCGCAGGCUUCGUGUCAGAGCGAGGGCCUCCUUACAGAGCCACCGACAUGUUCGAUGAUCUGGUGGCCAAUCACGUUGAGCGGAUACGACAAGAGGAGGCCUGUCCGCACAAAGUCAUGAACCACGUCAAGGAACUGGCUGAGCAGCUCUUCAAAAAUGAGAAUCCUUACCCUGCCGUUGCGAUGCACAAAGUCCAGCAACCGUCGGAAUACAGCCAGAACACUGCACAGAAUCGGUCGCCGUUCCCCACGAUGGACGAUGUCGCGGUGCAGCUCUUCAUCGACCACGCCGCCGCCAAGCUCAAGACUGCACCUCCUGUGGUCAAGGCGGAGCUCAAGGGCAUGGUGCCAUCUGGGCCCCCACUGGGAGACACCGUGGACAGGAACGGCAGCGUGAUGGCCAACAGUGCCCGCAGGCUGGAGGUAGUCAGGAACUGCAUCACGUACAUAUUCGAGAACAAGAUGCUGGAGGCCAAGAAAUUGAUGCCGGCUGUGCUGCGGGCGUUGAAGGGUCGGGCAGCCCGGGUUUGUUUGACCCAGGAGCUCAAUCAGCACGUCCUGCAGAACCGAGCUGUGCUGGAUGACCAGCAGUUUGACUACAUUGUCCGAAUGUUGAACUGCACCUUACAGGACUGCUCACAUAUAGAUGAACACGGUAUUGCAGCUGCCCUCCUUCCACUGGUCACAGCCUUCUGCAGAAAAAUGGGCGCAGGCAUCACUCAGUUUGCCUACAGCUGCGUCCAGGAGCACAUAGUGUGGACCACCAUGCACUUCUGGGAGGCCAUGUUCUACAGUGACGUCCAGAACCACAUCAGAGCUCUGUACCUGGAGACAGAGGGAGAGCAGCAGAACAACCAUGAGCAGCCGGACGGGUCGGGCGACGGGAGGGAAAUCAGCGCCCUGGAGCUGGCGUCGGAGCAGAGCCGGCUGUGGCCGACGCUCAGCAAGGAGAUGCAGACGGAACGCGUGCAGAAGGAGGAGAGCACGGUGUUCAGCCAGGCCAUCCACUACGCCAACAGGAUGAGCUACCUGCUGCUGCCGCUGGACACCAGCAAGAACCGCCUGCUGAGGACCACCGGCCUCGCAGACGUGGAGAGCGUCAGCAACAGCUACGUCACGAACAGUAUUGCAGGCAGCAUGGCGGAGAGCUACGACACGGAGAGUGGCUUCGAAGACGCCGAGAGCUCUGACGUGGCGAACUCGGUGGUGCGCUUCAUCAACCGCUUCGUGGACAAAGUGUGCAACGAGAGCGGCGUGACCAACGAGCACCUAAAGGCCCUCCACACCAUGAUACCAGACAUCGUUCAGAUGCACAUCGAGACGUUGGACGCAGUCCACAGGGAGAGCAAGAGACUGCCUCCGAUCCAAAAGCCCAAGCUGCUGAGGCCGAUGCUGUUGCCCGGUGAGGAGCUGGUGAUGGACGGCAUGCGGGUCCACUUGAUCCCCGACGGCCGAGAGGAGGCCACGGGGCUGAUGGGAGGUCCGCCCCUGCUCCCUGCCGAGGGCGCCAUCUUCCUCACCACCUACCGGCUCAUCUUCAAGGGCACGCCCAACGACCCGCUGGUGGGUGAGCAGGUGGUGACUCGCUCGUUCCCCAUCGCCUCUCUGACCAAGGAGAAAAGGAUCUCCGUCACUUUACCCAUGGACCAGUUUGUCCAGGAGGGGCUCCAGCUACGGUCCUGCACCUUCCAGCUGAUGAAGAUUGCGUUCGACGAGGAGGUCGCUUCAGACCUGGCCGAGGUUUUUAGGAAGCACAUGCACAAGCUGCGCUAUCCUCAGCACGUCCAGGGGACCUUCGCCUUCACCAUGGGUCAGUGUGGGAAGAUGGUGGUGGAGCACAAGACCAAGGACAAGAACCAGUCCCUCAAGACACUUUCCAAAAACCUGGUGAAGAGUGCCAAGAGGACCAUCGGCCGGCAGUAUGUGACCAGGAAGAAGUACUCCCCCCCCACCUGGGAGAACCGCAGCAGCUUCCAGUCAGAGCUGGACGAGGAUGAAAUCUCAGUUUCAGAGGAAGUGGACCAGAGCUCCCUCACCCUCUCCUCCACCAUGCGCUCGUCUGACAGGCAGACCAUGAGCAACGUCGUGGAGCGCGCCUGUUGCCGGGACUACCAGCGCCUGGGCCUGGGCACGCUCAGUAACAGCCUGACGCGUUCGAAAAACGAGCCGUUCCGCAUCUCGACCGUCAACCGCAUGUACACAGUCUGCAGGAGCUACCCGGGCCUGCUGAUUGUGCCUCAGAGCAUCCCAGACACGACCAUCCAGAGAAUCUGCCGCUGCUACCGGCAGAAUCGCUUCCCCGUGGUUUGCUGGAGGAAUCCGCGAACCAAGGCCGUCCUGCUGCGAUCUGCAGGCCUCCAUGCGAAGGGGGUGGUGGGCUUCUUCAAGUCCCCUAACGCCCCUGCUUCAGGGCCCUCGCAGGCCGACUCCACCAGUCUGGAGCAGGAGAAAUACCUGCAGGCCAUCAUCAGCUCCAUGCCUUCUUACAGCGAGAACAGCGGCAGGAACACACUCAGCGGCUUCACCUCCACUCAUAUGAGCACCUCUGACUCCUCAGACAAGCUGAGGCAGCCCAAGAUCGGCGCUCUGAUGAAGCAGGUGAUGGGCACCAAGGAGGACAUUCCCGGAACCUUCAGCAGAGGAGCUCUGGGUCAAAGGGCGAAAGUCAUCUCCCUCUCUCAGCCCAAAGUGUCUGGCAAGGCCAAGAACCCUCCUAGAGGUAAAUGGGGCAGCAUCCGGGGCAGCGGGCGCCUAAGUGCCUACAACGCAGACGUGGGAACGCGUCUGGCAGGAAAGGAGUCCCCACAGCCCAACGGAGGGCCGAGCGAGGCGCUGUUUCUCCGCCAGCAGAAGGCCUACCUCUACAUCAUCGGAGACAAGGCCCAGCUCAAGGGCGGGAAGCAGGACUCGUUCCAGCAGUGGGAGGUGGUUCCCAUCGAGGUGUGCGACGUGCGGCAGGUGAAGAACAGCUUCAAGAAGCUGAUGAAGGCCUGCGUGCCGAGCUCCUCGACCUCUGAUCCCAACAUGAGCUUCCUGCGCUGCCUGGAGGAGUCGGAGUGGAUGGCUCUGCUACACAGGGUGCUGCAGGUGUCCGUGCUGGUGGUGGAGCUCCUGGAUACGGGCUCGUCGGUCAUGGUUAGCCUGGAGGACGGCUGGGACGUCACCACACAGGUGGUGUCGUUGGUGCAGCUGCUGUCUGAUCCGUACUACCGCACGUUCGACGGCUUCCGGCUGCUGGUGGAGAAGGAGUGGCUGUCAUUCGGCCACCGGUUCAGCCACCGCGGAGCGCAGACGCUGGGCAGCCAGAGCAGUGGCUUCACCCCCGUCUUCCUGCAGUUCCUGGACUGCGUACACCAGAUCCACCUGCAGUUCCCCAUGGAGUUUGAGUUCAGUCAGUACUACCUGAAGUUCUUGGCCUACCACCACGUGUCCAACCGCUUCCGCACCUUCCUGCUCGACUCCGACUACGAACGCAUCGAGCUGGGUGAGAUCAUUCCCAAGUCUCUAAAAUGCUGUUGUUUGUUUCGAGUAACUCUUCAGAAACUCAUAGUCGUAGAUAACAUUGUUCCUGACGAGCCGUGUGUGUGUGUGUGUGUGUGUGUGUGUGUGUGUGUGUGUGUGUACUCACUCUCCUGA